AUGAAUUUUAAAUUUCACUUCAACAGAAAAAUAUUCAUCCAACACUUUUCUUUACCAUCGAACGAGCUAAGCCCUGGGAUGAAAGGUAUGAAUAAAGAGAAAUGCCAGCAUGAGAUCAGAAUAUUUAUAUUCACUCUUUACUCUUCCGACAGUGAACAAGAAAUUAUCUCGGAAAUGAAGAAUAAACAGCAGUUCACCCUAAGUUACACAUGCGGAAGACAUUCCAUCUCACUUCUCCCUUCUGCUUCAUUAGAUGUCGAUCUAUGA